UGAUUGAAGGCAGUACACCCUCCAGUUUUUCCCCAUCUCCUGGGAGGUAGAGGGAAAUCACAAUUAUGGUUGGGUUCAAGGCCACAGAAAUGCCCCCAACUGCCACUGUGAAGUUCCUGGGGGCUGGCACAGCGGCCUGCAUUGCAGAUCUCAUCACCUUUCCUCUGGACACUGCUAAAGUCCGGCUGCAGAUCCAAGGAGAAAGUCAGGGGCCAGUGCGCACUGCAGCCAGUGCCCAGUACCGUGGUGUGCUGGGCACCAUCCUGACCAUGGUGCGCACCGAGGGCCCCAGAAGCCUCUACAAUGGACUGGUGGCCGGGCUGCAACGUCAGAUGAGUUUCGCCUCUGUCCGCAUUGGACUCUAUGACUCUGUCAAGCAGUUCUACACCAAGGGAUCUGAGCAUGCCAGCGUUGGGAGCCGCCUCCUGGCAGGCAGCACCACAGGUGCCCUGGCUGUUGCUGUGGCCCAGCCCACAGAUGUGGUAAAGGUCCGGUUCCAGGCUCAGGCCCGAGCUGGAGGUGGUCGGAGAUACCAGAGCACUGUGGAUGCUUACAAGACCAUUGCCCGAGAGGAAGGGCUCCGGGGACUCUGGAAAGGGACCUCUCCUAACAUUGUUCGUAAUGCCAUCGUCAACUGUGCUGAGCUGGUGACCUAUGACCUCAUCAAAGACGCUCUCCUGAAGGCCAACCUCAUGACAGAUGACCUCCCUUGUCACUUCACCUCUGCCUUUGGCGCGGGCUUCUGUACCACCAUCAUUGCCUCCCCUGUCGACGUGGUCAAGACGAGAUACAUGAACUCUGCCCUGGGUCAGUACAGCAGCGCUGGCCACUGUGCCCUUACCAUGCUCCGGAAGGAGGGGCCCCGAGCCUUCUACAAAGGGUUCAUGCCCUCCUUUCUCCGCCUGGGGUCCUGGAACGUGGUGAUGUUUGUCACCUAUGAGCAGCUGAAACGGGCCCUCAUGGCUGCCUGCACAACCCGGGAGGCUCCCUUUUGAGCCUGUCCUGCUGCUGACCUGAUCACCUCUGGCUCUAGCUUCACCUCCAUCCAAGCCAUGCUUCCUUUUCCUCCUUCCCCUUCCUCCUUUCUUCUUUCCCCUUCUCCCUUCCCCUUCCUUCUCCCUACCUCCUCCUUUUCUCCCCACAUGGCCCCUCUUUUCCCCACUGGCUCAGUGCUGGUGGAGCUGACCCUGUCUAAAGCAGGAGGCCUGGCCCUAUCAGGACCUCAAACCCUCUGUCCUUUGAAAAGUUCAGACCAAAUCAUCCUGACCCCCAGGCUGGCCCAGCCCAGCCAGCCUGUCACCCAUAAAGCAAGCUCAACCAUG